AUGUACCUCAAAACGAAAAGGGACCGCGACAUCGUCCACAGGGUCUUCAAGGCGCCCGCCUACGCCGUGUCGUGCAUCGUGACCAUCGCCAAGGGCAUCUCCGGGGACUGCAUCUCCCAGGACGCCGUCAAGAAGAUUGCUGACGACUUCUACCUCGUCCCCGCCACCCUCAAGCUUGUUGACGUGGCGCUGUCCAUGUACGUCCCCUACACCAAGGGCGCCGUGCCCAACUACAUCGUCGACCACUGGGUGCUUCACAUGAUGGAGUCGCUGACCUAUACCAACGCCGUCGCCAAGGAGCUCCUGCGGCUGCGGCCGCCCGUCAUCUUCGUUCCCUAA